UGCUGGGUGCUGGCGUGGAUCGACUCCCGUGAUGUCAAGUACAUCCUCUUUGCGGCGGUCUAUGCCGCACCCUAUGCCAGGGGCGGUCUCACCCUGGCAACGGACGGCAACUGGCUACCUCUCUUCAGCAUUGCAGCGUGUGCAUUGCAUGUCCAGGUUGACAAUGUAGCUGUGGAGCGAAGGAAGCUGGCCUCCAAGAUCAAGUGCGCCAAGAAGAAGAGCAGCCUUCCUGGCAGUGCCAAGGACAAGGGCAGCAACACAAAGCAGGCCAAGUGA